AUGACGAUUCCGUUCCCUCUCUUACGCCUUCCAUGGCUUGCAUUGAUUCCAGUUUGCCAAGAAAUGGAGUCAAUUGAUGUACUUGCGUUUUCGCUACUUUCCAAAAAAGCCCAUAAUUUGUCUAAAAUCUUUCGCAAGUUAUCUUCCUAUAGCGUCCAUCUGAUAGUAGAAAGCGAUCACCUUGACGUCAGAGUUGGAUUUGAUUUGCGGAGAAAAAUGGGACUGAAAUACUAUUUCAACACAAAGAACGUACCGAUUUUGGCCAAUGCGAUGUUUCAAAAAAGAGCGUUCACACACGAAAAUAGCGGAUUGACUACAUCACAAUGGCUGAAGCGGGUACUAGACGUGAUAAAUUGUAAAUCGAUUUGUCAACUGGAUCUCAGGGGAUCUCCACAAGUUGAUGUGUGCGACACCUUUGGUAAACUACAAAAUAUCCAGAAAUUAAACAUUUUCAAGAACUGUUCCAACAUUUUUGCGAAGAAAUCACUGGAAAUCCUAUCGACAGUUUCUUCGGAAAUUACAUUGUUCAAAAUGCCGUUUGAGACCAGAGAAGAGUUUCAGACAUUUCUGAAGAGCAAUUUGAACUAUUUGAAUAUUAACACGAACACUUUCCCGAAUUUUAAGUUCACUCUUGAAGAUCUUCUGGUAACAAAUGCGCUGAAAUUAAACCUCAAUGACGGGAAAUUGAAUCUAGAAGAAAUCAAUCAAUUUUUCCAAAAUUGGAUGGAAAACAAAUCUGAUACAAGACUGGGGCACUUGGAAAUUUGUACAUUUGAAAAGGUAGAUGAAAAGAAUCUACUGAAAGGAUUGAAACCGGUUUCAUUUCCAAGAAACCGAAAAAGAUAUGAUAUAAGGAGAGCGGAUGGAAAGAAAGCCACAAUCACAUUUAGGGACGUUUGGAAGAUGACGUUUAUCAGUUUCUACGCUUGGCCAUGA